AUGACGUUUUGCUACAGCACCCUCUUGGUCAUCCUCUUUGUUCACUUCUUCUCCACUUGCAAUGCUGCCAAUUCAAAUCUUUUCCGCGAGUACAUUGGGGCUGAAUCUGCCUCAGUCAAGUUAUCCGACGUGCCAAUAAACUCACAAGUUGAAUUCCAUUUCAUCCUGGCUUUUGCUAUUGAUUACACAACCAAUAAUAAUCAUCCAUCCCCUACAAAUGGAGAGUUCAAUGUCUUCUGGGAGACCAACCAUCUCGGUCCAGCCAAAAUCGCCUCAAUUAAGGAUCAUCAUGCCAAUGUCAAGGUAGGUGUCAGCUUGGGUGGUGACAGUGUUGGUAAAGACAAAGCCUUUUUUGCACCAAAAUCAAUCAACUCUUGGGUCAAAAUUGCGGUCUCUUCACUAACUAGUAUGAUCAAACAUUACAACUUAGAUGGCAUCGAUAUUGACUACGAGCACUUCAAAUCAAACCCUGAAAUCUUCGCAGAAUGCAUUGGACAACUUAUAACAGAACUCAAGAAAAGUGGUACAAUUUCAUUUGCUUCAAUUGCUCCCUAUGACGAUGGGGUGGUGCAAAAUCAUUACUUGGCUUUGUGGAGGAAGUAUGGGAAUGUCAUUGACUAUGUGAACUUCCAAUUCUAUGCUUAUGAUAAGAUUGGUGUUUCGCAGUUCGUAAGCCAUUUUAAUGAGCAAGCUUCUAACUAUGGAGGAGGUCAGAUUUUAGCUGGCUUUGAGAGUGGUGGUGGAGGUGGCUUAGGCCCUGACAAUGGUUUUUUCCAAGCCUGCCAAGAGUUGCAGGGGAAAGGGAAACUUGGUGGUAUUUUUGUGUGGUCCGCUGAUGAAUCAACAAAAAGUGGCUUCAAAUACGAGAAGGCGUCUCAAGAUCUGUUGGCGUCGGGUUGAUCAGAUUGUAUGUAGCUAGCAGCAGUUGUGUUGUGUUGUGUGUGUGAGUAUAUGUGUUUGUGUGUGUUAUUCAUGGCAACAUUUUAUGUGCGCCUUUGUGGUGUGUGUGUAUGUGUGUGUUUGACAAAGCAAUAAUGUGC